UUAAUGCUCUCCAAAAGUACAAUACAGAACAGUUGGACAAUAAAUAUAUGGGAUUAGUUGGCCUUGUUAUGUCAUUCUGUUCUCUAUUACGUUACGUAAUAACAUUGUUCCAGUGAAAGUCAGACAAUUAUAGAAAGUUUGACUUUCUUAAUAUCGAAAAUUACAACUUUCUCUUCUGUCUUGUCUUUGAUUGAAUAUUACUUUUUUGAACUUUCACUCGUAGAUAUAAUAUAAAUCGAAUUUUGGAAUGGACUCCCACUGCCUGGAUGCAAAUCAUGGCAAUGGGGGUGGUGGACCUGGAGAUUCGAAUCAGGACGGUGGUUUUGGUAAAAGGAGAAGAUUGGAUGUAAAGCUGGAGUCAGGGGGCGCAGGGACGAGUGGGGGUGGUGGUUCCACAGUAACAAUUGCCAAGAAACCAGCACCACCCUCGUACCAGAGUUGGCAGGAAUCGAAGGGGAGUAUCAAGGAAAGGACGUCUUGCCUCGUGAACAGCGAUCGCUUGAGCGACAUCACCUUCCACGUUGGACCUAUGGACACACCCAUCUUCGGCCACAAAACCAUACUCUCGGCAGGGUCGCCCUAUUUCGAGAAACUAUUUUUUGGGCCGAUGGCCAUGAAGGAAAACAUUCACAGAAUCCCUGACAUUGAACCCGACGUGUUUCUUGGUUUCCUGAAGUAUCUCUACACGGAUGAAUUUGACGAAUCGAUGGAUGCCAUUGACGCAAUGUUGCUAUUGAAGCCUGCAAAAAUCUAUAUCGUUCCACACCUUGCAAACAAAUGUGCAGAAUUGCUGGUUGAUAAGAUGAGUCCGGAAAAUUUGUUUUUGAUUUAUAAUCGAUCAAUUGUCUUCGAUGAACCAAAAUUGGCAGACACGUGCCUUCGUUACCUGGACAGACAAAUCGACAAGGUUUUAACGACUGAAGAGUUUCUGGACAUUGAUCGGGAUACUUUGUGCACACUGUUGCAACGCGAGAACCUCAGAAUUAAUGAAUGUGUAUUAUUUAAAGGAGUAUUAAAAUGGGCGGAAGCAGAAUGCAAACGGAGAGAGAUUGAAGUAUCGCCAACCAGUCAACGAGAGGUUCUUGGCAAGGCUAUCCAUUUAGUCCGGUUUCCAGCCAUGUCAAGAGAAGAAUUUUCCAUUGAAGUUGUUCCCACAUAUGUGUUAACCAAAGACGAAAUAAUUAGUGUUUUUAUGAACUUGUGUAUCGGAAGUGAUCAAAAACAACAUCGACCUGAUACUCCAUUCCACAUCGAGAGGCGUAUUUAUCGGCCUAAACUGCAAUAUCUUACUCGAUUUGCGGACGUGCUAAGCAAAGUAAUUCACUUCACUUCGUUUUGUACGGGUGACAGCGUCUACAACUCGUCCGUCAAAUUUCGGACAGACCAGAGAGUUUUUAUCAAUGGAGUUGGAAUAUAUGCAAUAUCUAGCUCAAUAUCUGGCCUAAAAUUCAGUGCCACUGUGAGCCUAUUCAAAUCAAGGAGUGUUCCCAACCCAAUAAAUUCGAUAGAUAAUCCGAAUGGAAGCUCAAGCGUGACAUUCGCUUUUGGACAGCUUCUCGGCUCUAGAACGAUGGAAGGAACUAGUCGAAAUUAUGAUUUCCGCAUGCCGUUCCAAAUUCAAUUUGACCGACCACUAGAAGUCCGACCGGAUGAAGAAUAUUCUUUGAACGCCGUGUUAAAAGUGCUUCGCGAGUCUGCGCUCUGUAGUCCUGGCACAUUUACAUUUGGCGCUCCUACCACCGCGCAUGGAAGUUUCGGAGGGUACGGAAAUCAAAUCGAUGCAUAUUACGGGACAAAAUCCCUCGCAAACGUGUACGUCGCCUGUACUGACGGAAUAAAGGUCAACUUUACUUUCCCCAAUGUCGUUUCCGGCGAGUCAUUCGCAAGUGGACAAAUUCCACAAAUAAUAUUCAGCGUUUGAGAACGACAUAAACCUAGUGUACCAAAUUAUUUAUUAAAUAUGGGUCACCAUAAUUGAGUCGGUUACUAGUAUUAUGCAAUAGCCAAGUAAUAAUGUUAUUAGGUAUUAGUAUUUAUUAUUUAGAAAACCAACCUUUUCGCAGUACUCGCAGCAUCAUUAAAUAAUUAGGUAUCAUCGUCUAAAUAAUCGUGCAAACUUCCGCAUUCGUCAAUUCAUCACAACCAUUUUCCAUUUCCUACAUAUUGUAUAAUUUUUAUCAGGUAUGAAUGUAGAAUAGAAGAUAAAUACUUAAGUACGUAUACGUGCAUGCCGUGUAGCUGGUUUCAGCUGCAUUGUAGUCGCCAGUCCUAGAUAUCAUUAAUAAAAAUGAUAAUCAAAAUAAAUAACAUGACCGCAUUAUCAAUUCCAAACUUAUGAAACCUACUUAUUUAGCUACUUACUUGUUUUGGUUGUAAAACAAGUAAAAUCUUUUAGGUAUCCAAAUUCAAUGUCAAAGUCACAUUUGUUGAAUGUUUUAUUUUUCCUCGUGCGUAGUUUGUACAUAAUGCAUGCAUGUGUCGGAAUUGAUUGAAUGACUUGACUGGUCGGCUAUCUAAUGACAUAAUUUUUUUAACUGGCCGAUGAUGAGAUGAUGACACACACACAAAGACGUAA